AUCUUGCAUUCACGCUGAAUGCUGGCCAGUCCACAGGUGUACUGCGCGCUGUCGCGCGGCGCGGCGCGUCCGGCCAGCGCACUCACUCUCAAGUCCCUAGCCUCCGUCGGCUUACGAUCGCUCUCGACCUCCUCCAACUGCUUUGCUCGGCAUCCCGUACAUUCAGCUACUCGUAAUCUAAUAUUUGCACGGCCCACGGCACCUCUCGUUUACCGUCACCCCGCACCACAUUACCGGCAACCAAGUCAACCCGUGCGGCCCUUCUCGCUCAAGUCAUUGUUUACCAAGCCCGAACGGCCACCACCUCCACACGUAGUCGCGCGGAUAUCCCUGCUUGAGGCGGAGGCGAAUGCUAACCCCCAUGACGCCUCGAAGCAACUGGACCUCUUCCGCGAGUUGGCAAACACGAACAUGAAGGCCUCGUACGAAAUCAUCAUCAGUCGGUGGGAGCGGAUGUGCGACGUGGACUCUACAUCCCCUCUCCUGCAGUCGUCCGAAGCCUUCCAGAUCUACCUCGACUCUUUGGUCAACACCGGCAACACUACCGCGGUCCAGCCUGCCGUCGAAAGACGCGACGCUCUUCUCACUGCUCAGGGCAUCACCCCGCCUCCUGCGGAGACUUCUGCACCCGCUACUGAGAAGUCGGAAGACGCUGCACCAACGGACGCACAGGCUACCUCGGAACCCGCACCCACCGCUGAGAAGCCCGCUAACAAGGUCACCGAAAGUCAAAGCAUUGCGCAAGCUGUCCUCGCGAAGUCCUCGGCCACUAGCCCUCGGAGCACCAUCUCCAAGCUUUGGAACUCGUCCGGCAAUACUGGUGACGAGUCGGCGCCUAUUCAGGUCGUUGUCGUGGAAAGGAGGGCCGCAUGGGCACCGAGACUCUUCCGCUUCACCUUGGUGUUAUUGACCUCUUCUUUCUUCUUCCUUGUCAUUCUGUCGGUCUUCUUCGAGAACUCGGGUCUGAUCAAAGCUGGACCGUCCUUCUCGGUCUUCGAGCCUAACCCCGACAAGCCAGUCAAGUUCAGCGACGUCCAUGGCGUUGAUGAGGCUAAGGAUGAACUGCAAGACAUCGUGCAAUUCCUCAAGGAUCCCUCUUCGUUCACCGCGCUCGGCGGCAAGCUUCCGAAGGGUGUGCUCCUUACUGGGCCUCCCGGAACUGGUAAGACCAUGCUAGCAAAGGCUGUCGCUGGUGAAGCGGGCGUUCCGUUCUUCUCUGCAUCUGGAUCCGAGUUCGACGAGAUGUACGUCGGCGUCGGCGCUAAGCGUGUUCGCGAGCUCUUCGCGGCAGCUCGCAAGCGGCAACCGGCCAUCAUCUUCAUCGACGAGUUGGACGCCGUCGGUGGCAAGCGGAACAAUCGCGACCAGCAGUACAUGAAGCAGACGCUGAACCAACUGCUCGUCGAGAUGGACGGCUUCCAGGGCUCGGAGGGCAUCAUCGUGAUUGCGGCGACGAACUUCCCUCAGAGCUUGGACUCUGCUCUUACUCGUCCAGGACGUUUUGAUAGGCAUAUCGCGGUCCCGCUCCCGGACAUCCGUGGUCGCGUUCAGAUCAUCAAGCACCAUAUGAAGGGCGUGAAGAUAGGUGAAGGUGUCGACCCUAAGCGUCUCGCUCGUGGCACCAUCGGCUUCUCUGGCGCGGACCUUUCGAACAUGAUCAAUUUGGCCGCCAUUCAUGCCGCGAAGGAGCGCGCCAAGGACGUGACCCUCCAGCACUUUGAGUGGGCUAUCGACCGGAUUAUCAUGGGCGCGGAGCGCAAGAGCGCAUUCAUUGAACCGAAGCAGAAGCUAGCGACUGCCUAUCAUGAGGCCGGUCAUGCUCUCGUCUGUAUCUACACGGACGGUGCUAUGCCGUUACACAAGGUCACUUGCAUCCCUCGUGGGCACGCUCUUGGCUAUACUUCGCAACUGCCCCAGGACGAUAAGUUCUCGGUCACGUACAAGGAGAUGCUCGCGCGUCUGGAUGUAUCGAUGGGCGGACGGAUCGCGGAAGGACUCAUCUACGGCCCGGAAAACAUCACGGGUGGUGCGAGCUCGGACAUCGGCGCUGCGUCGAGAUUGGCGCGCGAUAUGGUUAAGCGACUGGGCUUCUCGAAGUUGGGUCCCGUUGAUUACUCGGAGGACGUGAGCCCAAGGAUCCAGCAGGAGAUCGACGAGGAGGUGACAAGGAUCAUCAAGGAGUCCGAGUCGCGCGCGACGGAGGUCCUCACUACCAGGUUAGAGGAGUUGCAUCGGUUGGCCGAGUCGCUCGUGGAGUACGAGACACUGGACGGCGACGAGGUCAAGAAGGUUAUCAAGGGCGAGCCGAUACGUGGCCUCAACGAGGUCCUCGACGAGAAGAUUCACGAAGCGGAGGAGGCGGAUGCAUCAGCCGACAGGUCAAGACCACUACCGGGUCGUUAGCACGCUAGGCGCAGACACGCAUGCUCCGCAAGCUGAUGGAUAGGCUGCGUAUGAGCAGCGCUUGUUCUGGUCGUACAUCGUACACUUGUGACCCUCGUAGGAGUACGGGGGAUGUGUCCCUCGGGGCACAUAGACAUCAUCAAUGGCAGAACCACAGUUCAUUUUCCGGGGG